ACCAAUUAAUCAAAAGCUUAAUGAAGUUGCAAAAUUAGAACAUCUUGUUCCUGCAACUCCUUCUCUUCCUUCUAGACCUAUUACCAUUUCUAUCAAACAGACAGUGGAGACAACGAAUCAAGGAAACCAACAAGAAUGGCAUGAAAUUUUGAGCGAAUUCUUUUUGAAAAUCCAAAUGAUUGAAACAAAUAGGGUUUUCCAGACGGAAUUGAAUGUUCUUUCUUCUGAGUAUGAAAAGCAAAUAACAAAGUAUUUGGAUCGGUUAUUGCAAGAGUUGACAUUAUGGAGGUCGAAACUUGAGGUCAAUGAAUCAAUAUCAUCUAUUAAAAGAAAAAAUGAUCAAGUAGAUGGAUCACCAAUUGAGGAGAAUGAGAAUCCGGCAAAAAAAAUUCAAAAGUUAAUGGAUCCACAAAUUGUUCAAAUCAAGGCAACUAAUUCAGAGAUCGAGCAAAAAAUUGAUUCAUUCAUUGAUCACAAAAAAUCCGAGAUUAAUGAUAGUAAUAGGACAGAAUUUUUGCGAAAAUCGAGUAACCCUGAAGAUAUUAUAUCAUGCGCUCGUUCUGAUGCGGCAGAAAUUAACCGCAACAUUCAAAUGAAACUUGAUGUUGUAAAUAACGAGGAUGGACCAUUAGCACGCUCAACUUUUUCAUCAGCACAUCAACGGAACGAAACAAAUAAGAUAUCACCAGCUUAUUUAUCAUCUGGUGUUGAAGAAAGAAUACAGAAUAUCGAAAAACAUUUAAAUGUACAAAUUGUUACACCGGUUCCUCUGGAAGUUUAUACAAGAAUAAAACUUUUGGAAGAUAGAAUUAUGCAACUCGAAAGGGAAUACCCGCCUUGGGCAGCCUUAAAUUUUAAUCAGCCCAAUCGACAGCUACCACCACCGUCCGCGACGAUUAUUUCAAGAAAUGUAAAUAAUGAAAUAAUUAGCAAUGUGGCAUCAACAACACUAGGGAAAAAGAUAGCACCGAAACUUGUAUCCAUGCAUCCACCUACUGCUAAUCCAGCGGUUGACGUGAGGACAAAUUUACCAAACAAUUUAACACAACAAGCAUUUAAAUUAUCACGUACACCACGUCCGAUUAAACCAAAAGGAAGGGGACGUGGGCAAACAUCGCUAACACGAACAAUAAUGGAACAAUUGAGGCCGAUACAGUGUGCUGAUAUUGAACAAAAGGAUAAUGGUUUGGUGUUGAAUGGGCCUACAGAGAAAUCUUUGUUGAAUGAGCCUACAGAGAAAUCUUUGUUGAAUGAGCCUACAGAGAAAUCUUUGUUGAAUGAGCCUACAGAGAAAUGUUUGUUGAAUGAGCCUCCAGAGAAAUCUUUGUUGAAUGAGCCAACUGAGAAAUCUUUGUUGAAUGAGCCAACAGAGAAAUCUUUGUUGAUUGAGCCUACAGAGGAAUCUUUGUUGAAUGAGCCAACAGAAAAGUCUUUGUUGAAUGAGCCUACAGAGAAGUCUUUAUUGAAUGAGCCUACAGAGAAGUCUUGUUGA